UAGUUAAACCUUGAAACUUCCAACCUCCUGGCUACCUCAAAUGGGUUUUUCUCUCGACCCUUGUUCCUCAAGCUCUCAAUUUUUUUCCCUAAACGCAGAGAUUUUUUAACUGAAAAUCACAAUUCAGGUCUCGUGGGGUUCCUAGAUUUUCAGCUUGAAAUGGCUAGGGCUUGUGCUGUAGGGAUAAUUUCAGCUUUGGCCUCUGCCUCUUUAGCUGCAGAACAUGCUUACGCUGAUGGCGCAUUCAACUUCCCUUCUUUUUCUUCUUCUCCUCAACCCCCUCCUCAAGCUCCUCCGCCUGAAGUGCCAAAAGAUGAACCUAAGCAUGUACGGAACUAUAAUCCACGGACAACGGCAGCUGGGUUUGAUCCGGAAGCGCUGGAGAGAGGAGCGGAGGCUUUGAGAGAGAUUAGCAAGUCUAAGGAUGCCAAAAAGGCAUUUGAGUUGACGAGGAAACAAGAAGAGACAAGACAAGCAGAAUUAGCUGUGAAGAAAGCUGAAUUCCAGGCGAUGCAAGCUCAACAGGAAACUGACAGACAACGGGUAAUAUAUGAUGAGCAGAAAAAACUAGCUCAACAACAAGCACAAACAAAAGCUCAAAUGGCACGCUAUGAAGAUGAAUUGGCAAGGAAAAGGAUGCAGGCUGAGAAUGAACAUCAAAGAGCAAGGAAUGAAGAGCUCGUAAAAUGGCAAGAAGAGUCAGCCAUCAGGCAGGAGCAAGCUAGGCGAGCAACAGAAGAGCAGAUCCAAGCACAACGUCGGCAAACAGAGCGUGAAAAGGCUGAGAUUGAGCGUGAAACAAUCAGAGUAAGGGCUAUAGCAGAAGCAGAAGGGAGAGCCCAUGAAGCAAAACUAGCUGAAGAGGUAAAUAAACGGAUGCUAGUAGAACGUGCAAAUGCAGAGAGAGAGAAAUGGGUUGCUGCCAUAAACACAACUUUUGAUCAUAUAGGAGGUGGUUUGCGGGCUAUAUUAACGGAUCAGAAUAAAUUGGUUGUUGCUGUUGGUGGAGUGACAGCUCUUGCUGCAGGCAUCUACACAACGAGGGAAGGUGCGAGGGUGAUCUGGGGCUAUGUUGACAGGAUACUAGGACAACCAUCGCUAAUCAGAGAAUCCUCCAGAGGGAAGUACCCUUGGUCAGGUUUAUUCUCUCGUGCAAUGAGCACGCUUUCACAUAAAGCGGAUAAAAUGUCUGGUUCCAAAAAUGGAAAUGGGUUUGGAGACGUAAUUCUGAACCCUUCUCUUCAAAAAAGAAUUGUGCAGCUUGCAAGAGCUACUGCAAAUACAAAAUCUCACGAGGCACCAUUCCGCAACAUGCUUUUCUAUGGUCCUCCAGGAACAGGGAAAACUAUGGCUGCUAGAGAACUUGCUCAAAAAUCUGGGUUGGAUUAUGCAUUGAUGACUGGUGGUGAUGUUGCACCACUGGGAUCACAGGCUGUUACCAAGAUACACCAGUUAUUUGACUGGGCUAAGAAGUCUAAGAAAGGUCUUUUGCUUUUCAUCGAUGAAGCAGAUGCAUUCUUGUGCGAGCGAAACAAAAUCUACAUGAGUGAAGCGCAACGGAGUGCCCUUAACGCUCUCCUUUUUCGCACAGGUGACCAGUCCAAGGACAUUGUCCUUGCUCUAGCUACCAACCGGCCUGGUGAUCUAGACUCUGCUGUUGCUGACCGUAUUGAUGAGGUCCUCGAAUUCCCAGUGCCUGGGGAAGAAGAACGCUUCAAGAUGCUUAAGCUCUAUCUGGACAAGUACAUUGCAAAGGCUGGAGAAAGUAAAUCUGGCUGGCUUUCGUCUCUGUUUCGUAAAGAACCACAGAGGAUAGAGAUCAAGGGUUUGUCCGAGGAAGUUAUUCAGGAAGCAGCUGCUAAAACUGAGGGCUUUUCUGGAAGAGAAAUAGCAAAGUUGAUGGCUAGUGUUCAAGCUGCUGUUUAUGGAAGCAAUGACUGUGUGCUUGAUUCAAACCUGUUCCGAGAGGUGGUGGAUUACAAAGUUGCGGAGCACCAGCAAAGGAAGAAACUCGCCGAGUCUGAGGGUGGUAGUAUUUAGACUUUUUUUUGGGGUUUUUUUAUCCUUCUAAUUUCUUCAUUGAGCACUUCAUUAACUGCUGUAAACAAGCCGGUGACUUGCAAUUUUU